AUGCCUUUAUAUGCUUGGGAGUCUGAGGAACUGCUGAGAUUAUAUACUACUUUGAAUCAAGUGGAGUUGCUGACUUCAAGUAGGGAGGAUCAUUUGAAGUGGUUGGCAUGUCCAUCAGGUAAGUUUAGUGUCUCUUCUCUUUAUAACCUGUUAAUGCCUAAAAAUUAUAUGAUGGUUCCUAAGCUGCUGUGGAAUAAUAUGGCUCCACCAAAAGUCCAAUUCCUUAGUUGGUUGACUUGGAAGGGGAGAUUGAAGACUGCUGGGUUUCUAAAUCGCAUUGGUGUGCUGAACCAAAAUACUUUUGUCAACUGUGUGUUCUGUGGUCAAGCUGUGGAGACAGUAAACCAUGUUCUUCUUUGGUGUCCUGCUGUUUGGAAGGUGUGGGCGUGCCUGAUGAAUUGGUGGGGGGUGCUCUGGGUGAUACCUGAUAAUGUUAAUGGGCUACUUCAGUGGUGGAGGGGAUAUAAAUGGAGAAAGUUCGAAAAUAUAAUUUGGAAGGCAAUCCCGAUGGCUGUUAUGUGGUCAUUAUGGAACACUAGAAAUGAUGUGGUCUUUAAUGGGAAAAUGUUCCAGCUGAAUGAACUCUGUGAAUUGAUUAAGGUGAGAAUUGCUCUAUGGGUUAAAUCUCAGUCUAAGGAGCCUCCGUAUUCAGUUCAGGAUAUUAUUAUUAAUUUGCAAUAG